AUGAAGUACAGUAUCCAAGAACCGGUGCCGCAUCAGGCGGCACACCAUGAAUCGAUCGAAGCUCUCUGGCGCUUGGUCUGGAGGAAGCGUUGUUCCGCUGGGAUAUACCCGUUCAUGGAGGCCAAGUUGGAAGACUUUGAGGGGAUUUUCAACCAGCUGAUAGAAGCCCAUCAUCGUCCUCCCUACAACUUUGACCGUAUUGCGGAGACAUUCUUCCCCGUAGCGGAAGAUCUGAACUCGAGAGGAGACGCAGCCGAGAAGGAGGGCAAUCUGAUCUUGGCCUGCGAGUUGUAUCUGCGAGCGGCGGCCGUCUAUCGUAUCGCUCGAUUCCCCUUUCCCAUCUCUACGCGACAGUUGCAUGCCUGGAAGUGUCAGAAGGCGGUCUUUUUCAAAGGAGCGCGCCAUGAGUCGUCGACCAAGUUCCCAACAAUCAUCCAGAUCUACGGACUGGAUGGCUAUCGCACAGAAUUCACUCGCAAGUCCAAUGACCACAUCCGCUGCGGAUAUGCCUCGAUUGCCGUGGAGAUUCCCGGUACGGGCGACUGUCCUGCUGUUGUUCAGGACCCAACUAGCCCCGAGCGACUGUGGAGCAGUUUGCUGGACUGGCUGGAGCACCAGGACUGGGUCGAUCGCAGUCGCCUCGUUGUCUGGGGGGUCAGUACGGGGGGCUACUACGCGGCUCGUCUGGCGCAUACGCAUCGAGACCGAGUGGCGGCGGUGAUUGCACAGGGGGCCGGGGUUCAUUAUAUGUUUGAACCCGAUUGGUUGGACUUGUCAAGUCAUCUGGACUAUCCAUUUGAUCUGACCUACUCCUUGGCUGUCAAAUUCGGUUACAGAGACGUCGAGGCCAUGAAGAAGGAUGCCCUACAGCGGUUUUCCCUGCUUGCGAAUGGAUUGCUGGAUCAGCCAUCUGCGAAACUUCUUCUGGUCAAUGGAGUGAAUGACCAGAUCUUUCCCAUUGAGGAUUCAUACUUGAUGCUGCAACACGGGAGUGUCAAACACGCCCGGUUUGUACAGGGGCUGGGGCACAUGGCCGAGCCGGCAGCGACUAAGAUUAUCAGCGAGUGGCUGGCUGGUUUCUUCAGAACCUUUGCUCCUUGA